AUGAUGGUCGUGAAGCCUGCCACGUCAUCAGAGCCUGCCACGUCAGCACUGCCUGCCACACCAGAAGUGCCUGCCACGUUGACAGUACAUGCCACGUCAGCAACGCAGACUGAGGAGGCGGCAAGAGCAGGUGCACGGCGAGCAGCAAGCGUGCAUUCGGACCAGGAGUGGGCGGCAGAUGAGGUGCGGAUGGCAAGCCGGGCGGCAAGUGAGAUACGGACGGCAAGUGAGAUACGGGCGGCAAGUGAGAUACGGGCGCCAAGUGAGAUACAGGCGCCAAGUGAGGUGCAAGCGUUGUCAUUUGCGCCAAUAGCAGGAACGCACAUGCAUGAGGCGGCAAGAGAGGAGACUGUGAAGGGAACGCAGUCGAGAGGUGGGAGGGGAGGGAGAGCGCGAGGUAAGGGGGUGACGCAGAGGGUUUUGGGGGAAGGACGAGAGGGGGGUGGAGGUGGAGGGAGGAGAGGGGCGGAAGGGCAGAGAGAGGGAGGGGGCGAGGGGUGGAGAGAGGGAGGGGGAAAGCAGCAGAGGGCGGAAGAGGGCGAGGGAGGGGGCGGGGGAGAGGAGUUGUGGGCGGCGGAAGCAGCGGAAGCGGAAGAGGAGGCAUUAGAAACAGAGGCCGAGGAGGAGGAAGAGGAGUACUCAGAGGAAGAAGAGGAGGAAGAGGAGGAAGUUCGGGAGGAGGAGAGAGGGGAGGAGAUAGAGGAGGACGAGGCAUUGUUGGAGUUUGCUCGGCAGAUCUGCAGCCUGUCCGUGCAGCAGGUGGGUGGGUCUGCCAAGAGGGGAGCAGGUUACCCUUUCACUGCGCCAUCGCCAUCCCAAGCAGCCUCUGGGCGGCAGGGUGAGGGGCAGCGGCAGAUCUGCACCCUGUCCGUGCAGCAGGGGGGGUCGACCAGGAGCUACCCGCAGGUGCAGCAGCAGGUGGGUGGGUCUGCCAAGAGUUCUCCUUUUAUGGCGACCCAGGCUGAUGGGGAUCGGGAGACGAGUGGGAGGGGGGUGGGAGCAGCCGGGGGUGGGGGGGAGAAGAGGGGGAGGGGAGGGAGGACAGGUGGAGGUGUGGGGAAGAAGGCGAGGGGAGGGAGAGAGGGUGAGGGCGAUGAUUGGCUGUUGGAGGAGAUUGAAGGGCUGCUGGGAGGGCGAGAGGGGGGGGGGAGGCGGGCGAGAGAGAAGGGGGGAACAGGGGGAGAAAGGGGAGAGAAAGGGGCAAGAAAGGCAGGGGUGCGAGGGAUAGAGGGCGGAGAAGUAGCAGGAGGAGAAAGGAAGGGGGAUAAGGGGCGGAGGGAGGUUAGUGAGCUAAGCGAGGAGAUUGAGGGGAGGGGAGUGAAAGGAGGAAGAGGUGGUGGAAGGGGUAGCAGGGGGAGGGGAAGAGGGCGGAGUGGGGGGGAGGCAGGAGUUGGGGCAGAGGUGGAGGGUGGGGGAGAGAUGGGGGCUCAACAAUCAAGAGGAGGGAGGGGCAGAGGUAGAGGAAGGGGGAGGGCGACAACUUUUGGUGGUGAGGGAGAGGGAGGAGAGAGAGGGGAGGGUGGCAGAGAGGAGGGGCAAGAGGGCGGAAGGGGUAGGGGACGGGGGCGGGGAAGAGGGGGGAGAGGAACUGAGGGGAAGGGAGGGGGGAUGGAAGGGGCAAGGGGUAGGGGCAGGGGGAAGGGAGGGGGUGGGGAAGGCUUGGAGGGGGGUAAAGGAGGUAGAGGGGUUGUGGGUGUAGGGAAAAAAGGGGAGAAUAUGGGUGUAGGGAAAAAAGGGGAGAAUAUGGGUGUAGGGAAAAAAGGGGAGAAUAUGGGUGUAGGCCGCCAGCGUCUGACUGCUGCUGCUGCUGCUGCGGAAGGAAGGGAAAGACGGGAAGGAGGGGAAAGGGGGGAAGGAGGGGAGGGGGGAGAAGGGGAAGAAGGGGGAGAAGGAGGGAGAGGAGGGGAAGGAGGGAGAGGAGGGGAAGGAGGGGAAGGAGAAUUGGAAGCAGUGGUGGUGGGAGGGUUUCAGUUGCCCCAGGCAGUGGUUACGGCUGGUUAUGGUGAUGGUGGUGGUGGUGAUGAGUGGAUGGGGGGUUGGGGUGAGGAUGAAGAGGGAAGAGAGUGGGGAGGAAUCGUGGCUAUGAGUGAUGCUGAUGUGGCAUUGCCGCAUGCUGAUAUGUCAUUGCCUCGUGCUGACGUGGCACAGCUGCGAGAGCUGCAGAAGCUUGCAGAGGCUCGGAGGCAGCUGGAACGGCAGCUGGGAGUUAUUGGAAGCUUCCUCCCACCUUCCUCCAGAAAGGUGGCAUCAGCAAUUGCGCCUCCUCCUGCUGCUGCUGAGUUGACAGCACAAGCAUGUAUGGCGGUUGGGGGGGAGAAGCAAUUGCAAGGAGCGGCAGAUGGUACAGGGGCAGUAGUGGGGGCAGAGGUGGGGGUAGAGGAGGGGGCAGAGGAGACAGCAGAGGAGGAGGCAGGGGAGAGAGAAGCAUUGACAGCUCCACCUGAACUAGCUUUAGUAAUCUCGGGAGAAACGUUGGUGGUAACCGCAGCAGAAGAUUCGAUGGUAACCCCAGUGGUAGCAGGGGCGACAGCACUGGAAGCACCGCCACCAGCAGCGCCAGAGGGAGCACUGCCUGAACAAGCUAUGGUAACAUCAGGAGAAGCGAUGGUGGUAACCGCAGCUGAAGGGUCUGUGAUAACUCCUGGAAAAGUUUUGGUAACGGCAGGGAUGACAGCACCAGUGGAAGUGCAGUUACCAGCAGCGCCAGAGGGAGCACUGCCUGAGCAAGCUAUGGUAGUAUCAGGAGAAGCGCUCGUGGUAACCCGUGCUGCAGACGAUACGGUGAUAACCCCAGUAGCAGGAACAGCAGCACCAGUGGAAGCACAGCCACGAGCAGUGCCAAUGGGAGUAGCGCCUGAACAGCUGCCUGAACAAGCUAUGGUAAUAUCAGGAGAAGCGCUGGUGGUAACCGCUGCAGACGAUUCGGUGGUGACACCAGUGGUAGCAGGGGCGACAGCACUAGUGGAAGUGCCGGCAACGGCAGUGCCGGUGGGAGCACCACCUGAGCAAGCUCGUGCUCGUGCCAGCGAUAGUGCUAUGGUACUAUCAGGAGAAGCGCUCGUGGUAACCGCAGUAGCAGGGACAACAGCGCCGGUGGAAGUGCAGUUACCAGCAGCGCCAGUGGGAGUAGCGCCUGAGCAAGCUAUAAUACUAGCAGGAGAAGCGCUCGUGGUAACCGCAGGUGAAGGGUCAGUGGUGGUUCCAGCAGAAGAGUUGGUGGUAACCCCAGGAGAAGUGAUGGUGGUAACUCCAGCACAGGAAGGAGGCGCAGCGGCAGCAGCAGGAGCAGGGGAUGCUGUAUCAGUGCGGGGGGCGUUAGUGGCAACCCCAGGUGAAGGAUUGAUGGUAACCCCAGCAGCACUAGGGGCAGCAGUUGCAGAAGUGGGUGGGGAAGCCGCAUCAGGGGCGAUAGUGCCAGUCCCAGCUGAUGGGGUGGUGGUAACCCUAGUUGAAGGCUCAGUGGUAGUUCCAGAAGAAGACGUGGUGGUAACCCCAGGAGAAGGGGGAGCAGCUGCAGAAGUAGGUGGGGAAGCCGCAUCAGAGGGGAUACCACUGCUGCUGUGUGCACCACCUGGAGGAGAAGUUCCCAGUCAGGUGGAUGGUCAGGAGGCACCAGAUGUUCAGGAGAAAGGCCAGGAGAAAACAACAGAAGCUGGCCUGGGUGAACAGAGUGAUGGUGCAGCUGGAGGUUAUGGGACAGGUGGUUCUCAUAGUUCCGAGCCUACUUCCGAACCUCCUGCGGUCGCCGAACCUGCUACUGGUGAUGAAGCUCUGGCUGCGGCCACCGAACCUGCUGGCUUUCGUGCGGCAACUGCUUCAGAACCUCCUGCCGAUCCUUCCUUUCUCUCCUCUGCUGACGUGGCAGCAGUUAGAAUCGCUCUGCAGGCCAACCGUCGGUGCCAGCUGGCUCUUCACGAUUUGCUAGCGGCCGUGGAGGCUCGGGAGGGACAGGCUCGGGAGCUGCUUCGGCGCGUCAGAACCGUGGCUGGGUUCGAGACUCGGGCGAGGAAAGCUGCUAGAAGAGUGAUCGGAGGCUUGGGGGGAGGGGCAGGGUGGGGGAUAAGAGACGAAGCAGGAGCAGGAGAAGGAGCAGCAGCAGCAGGAGCAGCAGCAGUAGGAGCAGCAGGAGGGGGAGCAGGAGGAGCAGGAGGAGGAGGAGCAGGAGUAUGGGGUACGGCAGGGGGAGGGGGAGGCGAGGGGGGGGGUCGCAUCUACGGGGGGCAUGCAGCCGAGAUGCUUCUGGUGAACUGGGCCAAGCCGAGACAGAAGCGCGGGAGAAAACACAAGUACUCUUCUCUUGGAUUCGACCCGGAUCCCCAUGAUCGCAGCAACCUGGAAGCUUCCUCAAGGGAUAUGCCUGUGAAUGAGGACCAAGGGGUGUUUGAGCGGUUGAGAGGGGUGAUGCCGCUGGUGUUUCGCGGGAGGAAGUGGGGGAAGGGCGAGGUGGGUGCGUUGAGGGAGGGGGUGGAGCAGCAGGUGGUGCAGGGGAUGAUUGAGGAGGCCGUGAAAGAACGACCGGAAAUUACCCUGGAUAGUGAGGAGGCGGUGAGGGAACGACCGGAGAUCACUCUGGAUAGGUCUCUACUCCAGCGAACCAUAGCAGAGAUCAAAUCGCGCCAGCUCGCACCAGAGGCCAUGCAUGCUGCCGUGGCACGAGUUGAUUGGUCGACAGUAGCAGCUGCGUUUGUGAAUCCGGCCAAUAGGAGCCUUGGAAGGGGGGUGCACCUCAGGCGUACUGCACUCGAGUGCAAAUUGAGAAGAGGACAGACAGCUGGCGGCGGCAGUGAGGCGGCAUGGGGAGGUGAACUGGGCGGCGGUGGCGCUGGCUGUGGAAGGGCGGAGCGGCAGGGAGUGCUUGCAGCGGUGAGUGGGUGUGAGGAGGGGAAAUGUUAUGCUGGCAGCAUCAUCUGCGCCACGUCAGCAGAGCAGCGUGGACCCCCCGAGGAGAACGACAGGCUGCGAUUGGCUGUGGGAGUCUUCGGCACGCCCCAUUGGAGGAGAAUCGCAGCCCUGGUGCCGAACCGCACCGAGGUGCAGGUUCGGGAGCGCUGGUGCAACGUGCUCGACCCGAACCUGAGGUUCGGGCCGUGGUCUGGCGAGGAGGUUCGGCGGCUGGAGGAGGCUGUGGGGAGGUUCGGACGUGGGGAAUUGGACGAAACGUGGCUGUUGCUUGCUGGCCCAGAUAACGGACUGCCAGUGCAAGAG